GGGGAGGAGCAGCAUGGGGGCUUCCAUCCAGUGCUUCUUUAGGGGGUCUCAAAAGCCCUGCAGUCACAUUCCCGUGUGAUUCAUACCCUGCUUCCUAGAUGCAGCUGGGAGCUCCACCAGAAACAAAGUGAAGAUGCCAGAGCCGGUAAAGAAAACAGUUUCUGCAUUUACCAAGAAGCCAAAGACAACAGAGGUGACAGCCGGAAACACAGCUGUGUUUGAAGCAGAGACAGAAAAAUCUGGCAUCAAGGUGAAAUGGCAGCGAGCUGGCACAGAAAUUACUGAAAGUGAAAAAUAUGUCAUCAAGACAGAAGGCAACAAGCAUUCACUGACAAUCAAUAAUGUAGGAAAAGAAGAUGAUGUGACAUAUGCUGUAAUAGCUGGAAGUUCCAAGGUCAAAUUUGAACUCAAGAUCAAGGAACCAGAAAAAAGUGAGACAGUCACUCCUGCAGAAGCUGUUCCAGCCCCAGCUGCCUCAGAGUCACCUGCUCCACCAGCAGAAAGCAGCCAAAACACAGAAGUUUCAUCUGCUGAAACACAACCAGAAGAACCUCUGGACCCCAUUGGACUCUUUGUGGCACGACCACAGGAUGGAGAAGUUACUGUUGGUGGAAACAUCACAUUCACUGCCAAAGUUGCAGGUGAGAGCCUGCUGAAGAAGCCAUCAGUGAAAUGGUUCAAAGGAAAGUGGAUGGACCUGGGAAGCAAAGUGGGGCAACAUCUCCAGCUACAUGACAGUUAUGAUCGAAAUACCAAGGUGUACACCUUUGAAAUGGAAAUAAUAGAAGCAAACAUGACUUUUGCAGGAGGGUACAGAUGUGAGGUGUCCACCAAGGACAAGUUUGAUAGCUCUAAUUUCAGCCUGACAGUCAAUGAAGCACCUGUAAGUGGAGACUUGGACAUUCGAGCUGCCUUCCGCCGCACUACCGAGGGACACGAUGAUGGGGCAGAGUUUAAUUUCAGCUCUCUACUGAAAAAAAGAGACAGCUUCCUGCGCCCUUCCAACCGAGGUGAAGGAAAAUCUGAAUCACAAUCUGAUGUUGAUGUCUGGGAUAUCCUGAGGAAAGCUCCUCCUACAGAAUACGAGAAAAUUGCUUUCCAGUAUGGUAUCACAGAUUUGCGUGGGAUGCUGAAACGCCUCAAACGCAUAAAGAAGGAAGAGAAAAAAAGCACAGCAUUCCUCAAGAAACUGGAUCCAGCUUACCAAGUAGACAAGGGGCAAAAGAUUAAAUUAAUGGUUGAAGUUGCCAAUCCAGAUGCUGAUGUGAAAUGGCUGAAGAAUGGACAGGAGAUCCAAGUGAGCGGCAGCAAAUAUAUUUUUGAGGCUGUUGGGAACAAGAGAAUAUUGACUAUAAACCACUGCUCUCUGGCUGAUGAUGCAGCAUAUGAAUGUGUGGUAGGGGAUGAGAAGAGCUUCACAGAAUUAUUUGUAAAAGAACCUCCAAUCCUGAUAACUCACCCACUGGAGGACCAGAUGGUGAUGGUUGGAGAGAGAGUGGAGUUUGAGUGUGAAGUGUCUGAGGAAGGAGCGACUGUGAAAUGGGAAAAGGAUGGAAUUGAACUGACACGAGAAGAAACAUUUAAAUACCGAUUCAAGAAAGAUGGAAAAAAACAAUAUCUCAUUAUUAAUGAGUCAACCAAGGAGGACAGUGGACACUACACUGUGAAGACCAAUGGUGGGGUAUCAGUUGCUGAACUGAUUGUGCAAGAGAAAAAGCUGGAAGUUUAUCAGAGCAUUGCAGACCUGACAGUGAAGGCACGUGACCAGGCAGUCUUCAAGUGUGAAGUUUCUGAUGAAAACGUGAAAGGAAUCUGGCUGAAAAACGGAAAGGAGGUGAUCCCAGACGAAAGGAUAAAGAUCUCCCAUAUUGGCAGAAUCCAUAAGCUAAUUAUUGAGGAUGUAACACCAGAGGACGAGGCUGAUUAUUCCUUCAUUCCACAAGGAUUUGCUUAUAACCUUUCUGCCAAGCUUCAGUUCUUGGAGGUCAAGAUAGAUUUUGUACCAAGAGAAGAACCCCCUAAGAUCCACCUUGACUGUCUGGGCCAAUCCCCUGACACGAUUGUCGUGGUGGCUGGGAACAAACUGAGAUUGGAUGUUCCUGUGUCAGGAGAUCCAACACCCACUGUCAUCUGGCAGAAAGUAAACAAGAGAAAUGACCUACUUCGAAACAGUGAUGAUUCCAUGACUCCCUCAGAAAACAGCAGUGAUUUAAACACUGAUAAUAAGCUCCUGUUUGAAUCUGAAGGCAGAGUCCGUGUGGAGAUGCAUGAAGACCAUUGUGUCUUCAUCAUUGAAGGGGCAGAAAAAGAGGAUGAGGGAGUUUACAGAGUUAUACUUAAGAAUCCAGUUGGAGAAGAUAAGGCUGAUAUCACAGUCAAAGUUAUUGAUGUUCCUGACCCUCCAGAAGCUCCCACAAUCAGCAACAUUGGAGAAGAUUACUGUACUGUGCAGUGGCAACCCCCUAAAUAUGAUGGUGGGCAACCGGUGCUUGGCUAUAUUUUAGAGAGAAAGAAGAAGAAGAGCUACCGAUGGAUGAGACUGAACUUUGACCUUUUAAAAGAGCUAACCUAUGAAGCCAAGAGGAUGAUUGAGGGAGUGGUUUAUGAGAUGCGGAUUUAUGCUGUGAAUUCUAUUGGCAUGUCCCGGCCAAGCCCUGCCUCGCAACCCUUCAUGCCAAUUGCUCCUCCAAGUGAACCAACCCACUUCACAGUGGAGGAUGUUUCUGACAGCACUGUUUCCUUGAAAUGGAGGCCCCCUGAGAGGAUUGGAGCUGGGGGAUUAGAUGGUUACAUGGUGGAAUACUGCAAAGAUGGAUCUACAGAAUGGAUUCCUGCUCUUCCUGGCCUAACUGAGCGCACAUCUGCACUGAUUAAAGAUCUGGUCACAGGGGACAAACUUUAUUUCCGUGUCAAGGCUGUAAACCUGGCUGGUGAGAGUGGAGCAGCAACAAUAAAAGAGCCUGUUACUGUUCAAGAGAUCCUGCAGCGUCCCAAAUUCUGGCUGCCACGCCACCUCAGACAGACUCUGGUGAAGAAAGUGGGUGAGACAAUCAAUAUUGUGAUCCCUUUUCAGGGUAAACCAAGACCCAAAAUCACUUGGCUGAAAGAUGGUCAAACUUUAGACUCCAAAGAUGUGGGAAUUCGGAACAGCAACACGGACACCAUCCUUUUCAUCAGAAAAGCAGAGCUUCAUCACUCAGGAGCAUAUGAAGUCACUCUUCAGAUAGAAAACAUGUCUGAUAAAGUUGCAAUAACAAUACAAAUCAUAGACAAGCCUGGUCCUCCUCAGAAUAUAAAGCUUGUAGAUGUUUGGGGAUUUAAUGCAGCCCUGGAGUGGACUCCUCCCCAAGAUGAUGGCAAUGCUCAGAUCUUGGGCUACACAGUCCAGAAAGCUGACAAAAAAACAAUGGAAUGGUACACGGUUUUCGAUCACUAUCGUCGCACAAACUGUAUCGUGUCAGACCUGAUUAUGGGAAAUGAGUAUUUUUUUCGAGUCUUCAGUGAAAAUUUGUGUGGACUGAGUGAAACUGCUGCAACUACCAAAAAUCCUGCCCAUAUCCAAAAAACAGGCACCACUUAUAAACCCCCUUGUUACAAAGAACACGACUUCUCCGAAGCUCCUAAAUUCACCCACCCUCUGGUGAACCGCUCUGUGAUUGCAGGAUACAACACCACACUCAGCUGUGCUGUCAGAGGGAUCCCCAAGCCAAAGAUAUUCUGGUUCAAAAACAAAAUGGAUCUCUCUGGGGAUGCCAAGUACCGCAUGUUCAGUAAGCAGGGGGUGUUGACCCUGGAGAUCAGAAAACCCACUCCCUUUGACGGAGGCAUUUACACCUGCAAAGCUGUGAAUGAGUGUGGUGAAGCUGAAAUAGAGUGCAGGCUGGAUGUCAGAGCACCUCAGUAAAACUCUGAAUCUCAGUUGAUCUGCAAGUCAAGGUACGAAUAAAAUUAAUUCAGCUGGAUGAAGGAGCAAUGGCUGUUUGGUCAGAUCUAUGAAUAAACAAUCAUUAAAUAUUCAUGGUAGAGACUUUUUAGAAUGUUUAUAAUGUUGGUGGGGAUAUGUGUUUGUUUUGAUUUCUGUUUGUUUUUUCAAUAGUCAGUAUUUCAUGGGGGUCCACCUUUAAUACACUGUGCCAGUGUAAAAGUUUGUAAGAAUAACAGAAUACUUGGUUGUCAUUUUUUCUUAAUUCACUACAAGCCCUCCCUCUAAGAGACUGUUAUUUAUUAAAGUAGGGCUAACAAAUAUCAAUAGCCUUGCUUCAACAAAGAAAGUAUACUUAACAUUUAAAUGCAUAUAGAUGUGUAAUGUACAUUUUAGACUUUAAAAGAAUGAAGUCGUGUAAUAGCAAUCAGGUAAUGUAUUUGACAAUAAAUCCUUCUUCCCAUUUUCUGUCUCAGUAUUAGAGUGGAACUUGAAAAGAAGAAAAGUGAAGAGAUUAAUGAAACAUAAAUUCUGCUCAUUUAGGAGUCCUGCUCAUCUUAGAAGUCACAUAAUACACAUGUACAAGGAGGCAGCAGUGUUCUGUAUUGUCCUGCUCACUCGGUGUGUUUUCAGACAAUAUUUCCUCUUUUCAUAUAUCUGUCAUAGUUAGAUUGCCCUUGUCUCCACAUGAAGAAAUUGGAAGAAAUCAAGAUAAAAUGUUUCCCCCAUUACAUACAUAAAAUAUAUUUUUUAAAAAUAGUAAAACUAUGUAAAACUGAAAAAACCCCUAGUUGUUUCCUAAUGUCUGAAACAAGCAUAAAUCCCCCAAUUCUACAGUUCACUCCAUUUUCUCUUUGCAGAACUCUGACAUUCUUCAUAAGAAACAAGUAGCUCAGAAUAACGAAGCAGUAAGAUAUUAUUUACAGUAUAUAAUCAUUAUAAUUGUCUCUGUACAGCAGAAUGUAACUUUAAUUCCUACUGUUUUUACUGUCAGUGACUGCUUGAAAUAUCCACUGCUGUGCUCUCGAGCAGAACUGUGUCCAAAUCACACCACUUGGGAGCCACUGACUAUAGCUACUGUUCUCCUUCUUCUAGAAAAUAAUUCCUUUGAUAAGUACUCACUAUUUGUUUUCUAGCUUUUAAAAAGACACCAGCAGGGAAUUGCAGUUAUUAGAUGUUUUUUCCUACCAAUCAGAGACACCACACGAAUCUACAAGGAUAAUUUUGCACAUCAGAUGAAACAGUGAAAAUUCUAGCAAGGGAGACUAUUUGCACAUAAAUAAAAAACUUUAAAGUAGA